AACCGCUAGCUGGCUGAGGGGAGAGAGCGAGCGGUCGGCCUCAGGACGUCCGGUCGCGGUGCGUGAGAGGAGGUGGAAGAGACUGAAGCGAGACAAGCGUCUUUCUGCGGGGACAUCCCUGAGAGGGGGCGGCGGGCUCCUGCAACCCUUGCGCUCCUCAAACUCGCAGCGUGCAGACGCGGCAGGUCACUGUCCAGCCCCAGCCCUGCUGAGAUCUCAGUGCGCAGUUUUAGGGUCCCCCAUGGUUUGGGGGUGAAAGCCAUCCUAAGGCUCCUCUGGACCUGAGACAAGGCCGGGAACGGGCUGUGGGCCACCUCCCUCCCAUCGGUGUCUUUAGCUCCUCUGCAAGACCCCCUGGAAGUGAGUCUUGCUUCCAGUCGCCCUUGGAGGACGACAGUGUAGAGUUCCUGCAGCCUGUGAGCUGUGAGUGGCCGCAACUCACGAAAUAAGUGCAGGGAACAUCACUGCCAGCUUCCCAACCCUGGAAGCUCACAGCAGAGGGGGCGCCGAAGACAGCCGUGGAGGAAGUGCUAAGGCAGAAGUCACAACGACUUUGUAACACUUUAGCAGAAGACACAAUGUCAAGUGGAGAUGGCCAGCAGUCACAGGCUUCUACCAAGCCCGCUUUCACUGAGGCACAAGCCUCUGCACUGGUAGAAUCAGUAUUUGGGUUCAAAGUUUCUAAGAUCCAGCCACUCCCUAGCUAUGACGACCAAAACUUUCGUGUUCACAUUUCAAGAGGCAAGGAGACUACAGACGACCCGGUUGAAUAUGUCCUCAAAAUAAGCAACACGGAGUCUAGCCAAACUCCAGACCUGAUUGAAAUGCAGAACCAUGUCAUCAUGUUUCUGAGAGCAGCUGGAUUUCCAACAGCCUCCGUGUGCCGAACUAAAGGGGACAACACGAUCUCUCUCAUAUCCAUUGAUAGUGGAUCUGGAGUCAAAAGCUACUUGGUAAGAAUGCUCACUUACCUCCCAGGAAGACCAAUAGCUGAGGUUGCUGUCAGCCACCAGCAGUUAUAUGAAAUAGGAAGGCUGGCUGCCCAAUUGGAUAAAGCCUUGGAGGAAUUCCAUCAUCCAAAGUUAAAUCUUUUUCAUCGGGAGAACUUCAUCUGGAAUCUGAAAAAUGUUCCUCUUCUAGAGAAAUACAUGGGUGCUCUGAGCCAAAGUCGAAACCGGGAGAUUGUUGAACAGGUCAUUCAGCUGUUCAAGGAAGAAGUAAUGACCAAAUUAAGUCAUUUUCGAGAAUGUAUUAAUCAUGGUGAUCUUAAUGACCAUAACAUUCUAGUACAUCUCAGCAAGUCAGCCUCUGGAGAUGCUGUGCAUCAAGUGUCUGGAAUUUUAGACUUCGGUGACAUGAGCUAUGGCUACUAUGUGUUUGAGGUGGCAAUCACCAUCAUGUACAUGAUGAUUGAAAGCACAAACCCUAUACAAGUAGGAGGUCACAUCCUUGCAGGGUUUGAAAGUGUGAUCCCCCUGACCGCUGUAGAGAGGCAUGCUUUGUUUUUACUUGUAUGCAGUCGUUUUAGCCAGUCUCUCGUCAUGGCUGCACACUCCUGCCAGCUGUACCCAGAGAACAAAGAGUACCUCAUGAUUACAGCCAAAACCGGAUGGAAGCAUUUACAGCAACUGUUCGACAUGGGCCAGAAAGCCGUAGAAGAAAUCUGGUUUGAAACUGCCAAGUCCUAUGAAUCUGGGAUCUCCAUGUGACUGCCGCGGUAAAAAAAAAUUAAAUCGCUCAAAACUCGCUCGGCGCUGUGCACCCCCAAUGCUCUGGAUUCCCGAGUGAAAGACACAUGCACGGCCUUACUUUUAAUAUGCCCUAAGCAGGUCAAUUGCUGGGCCACUCCCUAACUCCACUUGGUUAACCACACUCCCCUUCGAUAUUCCUGAGUUAUUACUUACUAAAAUCUAUAUUUUAUCUUUGCCACGCUGGACCUUGCUGGGCAACACUCCUGGGCCCCUCUGCACUUACACCUCGGCGGCCUUUCCCUUCUGCAUCUUUCUGGCGUGGUCCUACUCCUAUGCCCCUCUUGUGGCCGAAUCCGCUUUUCCUCCUCUUUCUGUCCCUUCCCAGGAAUCCUGAAAGUCCCACCUCUGUCUCUGCCCAGUCAUUGGCCGCUGGUAAUUUUAUUGACCAGUCAAAACCUAACUGGCUUUCUUUAGUCCUAAGUGUGGGACACUUCAAAUAGGUAUUUUUGGUAACAUAAUUAGCAUGAGAACACAAGCCGCUACAAGUGACCUUAAAAAAGCUUGUGUUAAUUAAAACCCAGUUGGCCUGGAACAAAUUUAUGAAGGAUUUUUGUGCAGAGUUAAAACUGAAAUGGUAAAACAAAUCCAAUCUCACCAGGCAGUGGUGGUGCACACCUUUAAUCCCAGCACUUGGGAGGCAGAGGCAGGUGGAUUUCUGAGUUCCAGGCCAGCCUGGUCUACAGAGUGAGUUCCAGGACAGCCAGGGCUAUACAGAGAAACCCUGUC